AUGCAGUGGCUACUCUCGCUACUUGUCCUUGGGAUCUACUAUGGCGCCGUUCAGGCAUUGAGUAGCUCGGGCAGCAGGUUGCUCGUCAUCCAGGAGGAGGCGUCUGAGAAGCAGCUAUAUUCGACGUUCUGGGCCGAUCUUGAAAGCCGGGGAUAUUCGAUAACAUUUGCCGCCCCCAAGAAUGAAAGCCUAUCGCUGUUCAAACAUGGAGUGAGGUCCUAUGACCAUCUUAUGAUUCUCCCUACGAAAACAAAAGGACUUGGACCUGCCUUGACCCCCAAUACUCUCCUCAAUUUCCUUAAUGGAGAUGGGAAUAUUUUGUUGGCCCUUUCUGGAGGCUCCCCUGUCCCCAACGCCAUAUCAUCUCUCCUCCUCGAGCUAGACAUAAGCCUCUCUCCCGACCGUGCACCCGUUGUUGUUGACCAUUUUAAUUUCGAUACCCUUUCGUCAUCCGACUUCCAUGAUACCCUGCUUGUUGCUCAACCGAAACAACUGCGCUUAGACGUAAAGAAUCUAUUUGCUGGCCAUGGAAUUCUCGCUUUUCCAAAAUCCGCUGGCCAGGUUCUUGGAAAUGCAAGCCCAUUGCUUACUCCGAUUAUUCACGCUCCAUCGACCGCGUACUCUUACGACACUAAAGAGAUGGACGCUGCCGUAGAGGAUCCAUUUGCAACAGGCUCGCAGAUUUCUCUCGUUUCAGCAGUGCAGGCGAGAAAUUCUGCUCGUCUUACUAUCCUAGGUUCUCUUCAGAGCUUAGAGGACAAAUGGUUCUCUGCUACCGUUAAAGGACCAAAUGAUGGUAAAGAAAGCAAAACGGGGAACAGAGAGUUCGCCAAAAGGCUCACUGCUUGGACGUUCAAGGAAACCGGUGUUAUCAAAGUUGGAAAGGUACAGCAUUAUUUGAGCGAGUCAGACGCUACGGCGCCUGCUCUCACGAAUGCUACGAACCCCACAAUCUACCGGAUCAAAAAUAAAGUGACCUUCAACAUCGAGCUUUCAGAGCACGAUAACGACCACUGGAUUCCCUUUGAAGUUCCAAAAAACGAUCAACUGCAACUUGAAUUCACAAUGCUCUCCCCUUUCCACCGAUUAAACCUAAAGCCUGUUUCCAAAACAGCCACGGGUGCAAUCUACGGCACCACGUUUGUCCUCCCUGAUCAACACGGCAUUUUCUCAUUCAGGGUGAACUAUAAACGGCCCUUCCUCACCAACGUGUACGAGAAGCAUGAGAUUACGGUUCGUCAUUUUGCCCACGACGAGUGGCCACGCAGCUGGACCAUCACUGGCGGUUGGGUGUGGAUUGCUGGGUUGUGGUCGGUUAUUGGAGGGUUCCUGGCUUUUACCAUGCUGUGGUUGUACUCGGCUCCGCCGAAACAAGAGAAUGGAGAGAAAAAAGAACAGUAG